CCUUCUCCCCCCAUUUGUGUGUCCCCCGAAGCGCCCGUGAAACUCUCCGCCGUUCAGAAGCGAGCAGAAGACAGAAGAAGUGAAGAGAUGGGUAGCCGUUUGGGUCGACGGGUGAUCCACUUCGCGAAUCUCCCGAUAAAACUCCUGAUGCCGUCGCCGCCAUUCAACUCCAUCCGGGAGAUCGCCCUCAAGACCAUCCCUUCCGCGACCAAGGUGGAGAUCCGCCGCGUCCUCGAGUCCCUCUACGGCUUCGACGUCGCCGAGGUCCGCACCCUCAACAUGGAGGGCAAGAAGGUCAAGCGCGGGCCCUUCCUCGCCGCCAAGCCGGACUACAAGAAGGCCUACGUCACCCUCCGGUCGCCCCUCUCCCUCUCCGCCGAUCUCUUUCCUAUACCUUUGAUCCAGGAGGAGCGGGAGCGCAUCGCUGCCGCCCAGGCAAAGUCUCGGCCCACCGUCGUCGAGGGGGAGGACGGCGCCGGGGGUCGGAGGCACUGGCUCGACGAGCGCCAUGAGGACGAGGAACCAGACGGGCGCCGGAGGCACGGCGGUGGCGGUGGAGGGCGGACGGGUGGUGGUAGUAAACGUGGGACGGGGAAGAAGGCGGAGGAGGAAAUCAAGUUCCCCUGGAGCAGCAUGCGACUGUCGUCGAGGUAGUGUUGUUAUUGUUGUUGUUGUCGUCUUCUUUUUCUUUUUCUUUAUUUGCCUUGAGUUAAUUAGUAAGGAGAAAAGUUUGCAUCUUUUUGCAGAAUACAUUCGAGUUUGUAAGCAAAAUGGUUCUUUGUAGUUAUGGAUCUCGGAAAUUAUAUUUUGCGUUUUAUAAUACCUGAAUAUCAUGAAUGGUGCUCUCUA